AUGUCCCACAACCAUUUCCCCCACUACCUUCUCUUUUCCCUCCUCACCCUCUCACUCUCCGCCGCCGCCGGAGACCCAUCUGAAUCCCUUACCUCUCUCCCUCCCGACGCCGUAUCACUCCUGGCGUUCAAGUCCGAGGCCGACCUCGACAACCGGCUCUACUACGCCACCAACGAGCGCUUCGACUACUGCCAGUGGCUCGGCGUGAAAUGCGUCCAAGGCCGCGUUGUGCGCUACGAAGUUCCCGGCGCCGGCCUCCGCGGCACCAUCGACGCCGCCUCCCUCGGCCGCCUCGACCAGCUCCGUGUCCUCACCCUCCGGAACAACUCGCUCUUCGGGCCCCUCCCCGACCUCUCCGCUCUCGUCAACCUCAAAACGGUGUCGCUCGACCACAACUUCUUUUCCGGCGCGUUCCCCCUCUCCCUUGUGUCCCUCCACCGCCUCAUGCUUCUCGAUUUGUCCUACAACAACUUCACCGGCACGCUCCCGGAGAAUCUGACGGCACUGGACCGGCUGGGCUACCUACGCCUCGACUCGAACCGGUUCUCCGGCCCCAUCCCGCCGUUGAACCAGACUGCGCUGGAGGUUUUCAACGUCUCGAGCAAUAGUCUCUCCGGGCCCGUGCCCCCCACCCCAACCCUAAAAAAGUUCACGAUUUUGUCAUUUUCACACAAUCCGAGACUCUGUGGCGAGGUUCUGAACAAGCCCUGCCGCAACUAUCCGUUUUUCAACUCAUCCGGCGGCGACGCCGCCUCGCCAUCGUCUCCGGCGCCGCUUUUGGAGAACGCCCAGUCGCAGCAAGGGCUGAACGACGCCUCACUUGCCGCCCAGAAAAAGCGUCGGAAAAAUGUUGGCAUGGUCUUGGGCUUGCUCACCGGAACCCUAAUCCUGACGGCCGCAGUUCUCAGCAUUGUCGCCCUAAUCAGAAAACGCAGAGAAGAAAAAAACGAAGAAAUUCAACCACAAAUUAAUUCAAAACUGGAAACCAACUUCACCGAGCAAACCACAUACAGCUCAAAUGCAAAUCCAGAAAUCCCCGAACCCAAGAAAUCGAAACCCAUCGAACAAAAGAGAGUGAUGAAAAGUGGGAACUUGGUUUUCUGUUCAGGUGAGGAGGAGCUGUACACAUUGGAGCAGCUGAUGAGAGCUUCAGCUGAGCUGCUGGGGAGGGGCUCAAUCGGCACUACGUAUAAAGCCGUGAUGGCCAAUCAGCUGAUUGUGACCGUGAAGAGAUUGGACGCUUGUAAAACGACGGUGACAAGCGGCGAGGAAUUCGAGCAGUAUAUGGAGAAUGUGGGUGUGCUUAGGCACCCCAAUUUGGUCUCUGUCAGAGCUUAUUUCCAGGCCCAGCAAGAAAGGUUGAUCAUUUACGAUUAUCAGCCCAAUGGGAGUCUCUUCAAUCUUAUCCACGGUUCGAAAUCCACUCGGGCCAAACCCCUCCACUGGACCUCUUGCCUUAAAAUAGCAGAGGAUGUGGCCCAGGGCCUCGCCUAUAUCCACCAGGCCUCGAAGCUUGUCCACGGCAACCUCAAGUCCUCCAACGUUCUAUUGGGCCCCGAUUUCGAGGCCCAGGUCACCGACUACUGCCUCUCUGCCCUCGCGGGCCCCACAACUCCGGACAGCGACCCGGACUCAUCCUGCCCCGGGUACAGGGCCCCAGAGAUCAGGAAACCUCCUGGGCGAGGGCCCACGGCCAAAUCAGACGUGUACGCAUUCGGUGUGCUGCUGUUGGAGCUGCUGACGGGUAAGGCACCGGAGCAGCAGCCGUACCUGGCGCCACCGGACGUGCCCGACUGGGUUCGGGCCAUGAGGGACGAUGAUGACGAGGACGAUGUGCGGCUGAGGAUGCUGGUCGAGGUGGCGAGCAUCUGCAGCCUGACGUCUCCCGAGCAGAGGCCGACCAUGUGGCAGGUGCUCAAGAUGAUCACCAAUGUCAAGGAGAUUAUGGAUGAUGGUGGUUCAAGGGGUGGUGUGCCUGAUGGCUACUCUUGA